UUGUUUAAUUUGUUCGGGGCGUACUCCAUGUUUUAGAUUCACCAAUAUAGCUCUUUCUUAAAAGAGAUAAGUUUAUCACAUCAAUUAUCGAUCCAAUUUGGAAACCACGUUUUUAUGUCCCAAAGGAUUUGUAGCUUUUGUGGGAUCAAAGUUGUUGAUCAUAGAGGACCAACGGGGAUCAGAUGUCCAAAGAACAUAUCUUAUGACUUUUCUUUUAAUACACGUAAUCAGGGACAGGGUGCUAAUGCUAUGUCUUUAGAAAAUCUUUCUUCCACCCCCGAUAAAAGUGAAAAUGGCGCGCUGGAUACCAUGGCGGGUAAUGUACCCAAAACCCCGAAACAAAGCCUUGACGAGACUUUGUCAGCUCUAGAGCAAGAGAAUGAAAAACUUUUAGAAGAAAUUAAAUUGCGUGAACUUGUCGAAAAGAACAAAACUCUGAAAAAGAAACUUAAGCAAACGGACUUUAACGUGAAACAAAAACAGGACCAAACUAACAAAAUUGAUUUAAAAUCCUUGAGAAUAGACGAAGACUUGAAACAGAAAAUAACAGAAAAACAGAAAGGAUUAGUGAGCAAAUUAUUCAUAUCUGAUGAUUCCGAUAGUGAUACAGAAUCAGAAGAAACCAGAUCAGAUGAAUGGCUAUCACUUCGUCGGAAAGCAAGAACAGUUUUAAAAGCAGCCUUCAGACCGGGAACUUUUAAAAAUUUGAGGACUCAGCUAAAUACAUACCUUUUGUUUUGUGAAAAAUUUUGUAGAUCAGCAUUUCCUGUUGAUCAAGAGACACUCUGCGGAUAUGUGUGUUUUUUGUCAGAUAACUUUAAGAAUAGUGGAUCCGUUAGAAAUUACUUAUCAGGUGUUAAAACGUGGGCCAUUCUGUUAAAUUUUGAUACUGAGGAGUUUAAUUCACCGUCGCUCAGGCUAACCUUGUCAGGUAUUGACAAGCUUAAUACUAAUAUUCCAAAUAUAAAAUUACCAUUUGAACCAUAUCAUUUGAACCGCAUGUUUGAAGUCCUAGAUAUGACAAGUGUACAGGAUGCUGUGAUGUGGGCUGUUAUUAUGAUAAGCUUUUAUGCUUUGCUUAGAAAAUCACAAUUCGCUAACAAUUCAAGGACAAUGUUUAACCCUAAGGAGCAGUUAACCAGAGGUGAUAUUCAAAUUACUGAGGAAGGAUUAAUUAUCGAUAUACAGUGGUCAAAAACUAGUCAAAAACAUAAAAAUAUUCACCAGAUUCCUCUUAAAAGAGUCGAGGAUUGUAUUCUAUGCCCGGUACUGGCUUAUUCUAGAAUGGUAACAAUGUUGCCUGCACUACCAGGAGAACCCGCUUUUGGUCUAAGUGAUAGUAAGGGAAAGAUUUGUGCCUUUUCAAAGUCAGACAUAGACAAAAUUCUUCACAAACUCUUAGUGUGUUGUGGAAUAGACACUUCACAAUACUCGUUUCACAGCUUGCGUAGAGGCGGUGCAACUUGUGCAUCAGCUGCUGGAUGCUCAGACUCAGAAAUUUGUACAAUAGGCAAUUGGACUUCCUCUUGCUACAAGGGCUACAUCAAACACUCUACUGACAAACUUUAUUACAUUUCAAGCAAGAUGGGACUUUUUUGCAAACUUUCCAACUCAUAAACAUCCAUGAUAAAUUUUAUUUAGUCCUCUCUUCUGAUUUCUGUGCUUGGCAUUGCGUUGCCUUGGUUAUUGUGGUGUUCACUUUUUAUAUGACAAUUGGUGAAAUAACAUUGUUUCUUUAUGCGUGUUUGCAUAUUUAUAUUUUGUAUGCGUAUUUGCAUUUGAUUUAUUAAACACCACCUUUGAAUGCCAGCACAGACUUCAGUUUUAUAUAGCC